UGGAUUGACUCUAGGGUCAAAGCAGUUGACAGCAAAGCCAGUGUUAAAUACUAACAGCAUUCUAGUGAAUGGACUCUCCGAGAAAGUUACUAUGUCGUCAGUGAAGACUUACUUAGACAACAAAGAACUCAGUGGGGGCGGUCAAAUAAAGUGCAUGCAGGAAAUCAAAGAAGACAAGCAAGUUAUUGUUUACUUUGAACCGGAUGUAGAUGUUGAGGACAUUCUUUUCAAAAAACAAGAAAUUGAAAUAGAUGGUGCAAAGUUGUUCAUCUCAAAAUAUUUUCCUUCUUUGUCAAAACGUGACUGUAAUAACGAAGUCAAAAGUGAAGCAAAAGAUGGUUUCAUUACAGGCAAUCUUUUAACAACUUCAGACACAGAAAAUGUACAAAAACUAGUUGAGGAUGAAAGUAAGGACACAGUUAUAAAAGAUAUUCCCGAUCAAAGUGACUGGACAGAAAUUUUGUCAAGGAUAAGAUCACGUUCUGCUAACGCCUUUCGAUUGAAUAUCAGAAGCUUUGGUAUAUACGAGUUCUUGCAAGGGGCUGAUGGACAGAAGCUGAUAGAAGCUAUUCAAGAUAAACACGAAUGCAUUGUUAAAGUUGUGCCGAUUUCCGAGAAGAACCUGUGUGUUGGGGGACCCAUUACUGAAGGAUUACAUCAUAACACUUUUUGUAAAGGUGGUUCCAAUAAGACGGAAAAUGAUUGGAAAAUCGGACGUCUUAAGGUCAACUUGAUCAAAGGAGAAAUUGAAAAACAAACUUCAGAUAUUAUCGUCAUUACAGUCAACAGAACACUCGAUUUAAAUGUGGGAGCUCUUGCUCAAGUAAUUUUAAGCCAAGCUGGAGUUAAGGUGCAGAAAGAGUUAAAACUAAGAUAUGCCAAUGGUAUAAAGUUUUAUGAAUUUGCUGAGACUAGUGGAGGGAAUCUUCAAGCUAAAUAUAUCUUCCAUGCUUGUGUUCCAACAUACAGUCAAGGAGCUGAUCACAAGAUGACAGAUUUAGUAAGAAAUAUGCUUGCUAGAGCAGACAUACUCCAAGCCAAGUCUAUCUCUUUUCCUACUCUAGGAACAGGAAAUCUGAAAUGUCCUCUUGAUAUUUUUUCAAAAGUAAUGCUUGAAGCAAUCAUCCAACACUCUAAGUUGAAGUCAAAUGCACUAAAACAAAUUCAAAUGGUCGUCUUUCCCAGUCAUUUAAAUGCAGCUGAGGCUGUCCAUGCAGUAUUUUCAACUGGAUUUAUGGAAGCUAGUUCAGAAUUAAAAGGUAAUGUCUACAAAUAUGGUGAUGUAUUUCUGAAGAUAAAGCAUGGAGAUAUCACAGAACAAGACACUGAUGUUAUAGUGACUAGCAUUAAAGACUCCAUGAAUCUGGCUUCAUCUGGUGGAGUAUGCAGUUUACUGCUUAAAAAAUGUGGCAAGAAACUGCAAGAUGAAUGUAAUGCUAAAAAAAAGGACCUAGAUUCAAAAGAUGUCACAGUGACCUCAGCUCCCAAUUUGUCAUGUCAGCACAUUAUUUUUAUGAACAAAGAUGCAUUUGCUCCACGUUUAGCUCAAGGCAUCUUCAAAGUUUUGAUAGAAGCAGAAAAACUUGGAGCUACAUCACUAGCCUUGCCUGCAUUAGGGGCAGGGUUCCACAAGAAACAGAUUACAAGUAUAAAGCAGUGCAUAUUUCAAGCUGUAGAGGAAUUUGGUAAGUUACCAACACAGAAUCUAAGAAAAAUCAAGUUAGUGAUCCUGAAUGCUGCCAUUCUAGAUGAUUUCUUAGACCAUGAAGGCUCACAUCCACAUCUGUACAAUAAAGAAACGACAGAUACAACCAUGCUACCGGAAAAUAUUUCUCAGGAAGUGAAUGUUGAUUUUCAUUCAUUAAUUGCACAGAACAAAAAAAAAGCAGCCAAUGAGCUACGAGAUGCUUGCAAGUUGGCUUAUAAGAUAGAAAAAGAAAUAGAAAGUAACUUGCAUCUACUCAGUUCAAUGCAAAUUAAAGAGUUACUGGACUUGUGCUCUAAGCACUUGAUCUUAGUCAAAAUGAAUGUUAAAAGAGGUUUCCUAGAAAUGGAAAGUUUUCAUCCUAAUGGAAUGUUGGAAGUGAAGAGAAGAUUGAAAAAGAUGAUUGAAGUUGCAAGUAAAAGAAGUAAUAACAUUAGUGUCCAGUGGCAAUAUAAACAAGAUGAUAAGAAUUGGUUUGACUUUGAACCUUUGCUUAAUAGUGAAAUGGAAAGAAUGUACCAACAAAAAGUCACCACCUGUCUACUACAAGAUACUAAUGGAUGUGUAUAUGAAAUACAUUUUCCAAGGAUGAUUGCAACUUGCCAAACUGUGUCUCCAAUAAGACGAAUCGACAGGUCUCAAGCCAAAGAACUGUGGCCUAAGCAUUGGGAGCCCAUGUCAAAAGCAGACAAUUUGAAAGUUGUAGAAGUAAAGCCAGGAACAGAUGAAUACAAUGAAGUAGAGAAACAGUUUCAUAGCACAUUGUCAGGUUCACCUGUAAAAAAGCUUGAACGCAUUCAAAAUAAAUCCUUAUAUUUACAAUUUUGUGUGAAAAAAAAGGAACUGGAUCAGUACAAUCCACAAAACCAUCAAAAUGAACAAAAACUUUUUCAUGGGACAAUGUCAGAUUGUAUUCCUCCAAUAAAUGAAAAUGGAUUUAACAGAAACUAUUGCGGAGUCAAUGGAACAGUAUAUGGGUCAGGAGUCUAUUUUGCAGACAAGUCAAGCUAUUCAAUUAAUUAUACCAAGUCUGACUCAGAUGGUAAUAGACACAUGUACAGAGCUCGAGUUUUGACUGGAGAAUUUAUUGAGACAAACUCCUCAACAAAAUACCUCCCUAAAAAGCCAGGAACUAACAGACCUUAUGAUUCUGGUGGUGAUAAAAGUAGAGGAAUUUAUGCUAUUUUUCAUGAUUCUCAAGUUUACCCUGAAUAUUUGAUUACAUUUUAAUGUAUGUCAAUUAUGUGAAAUUUAUUGGAAGACAUGUACAAACGUACUAAACAAUCUAGUAAAACUUAAUGCAUUAAAUGUAGCCAACCUCAUGAAGAUUUGUUUAUAGGCCUUUUUAAUAAUCAAUGUAUACUUUUAAUCUAAAUGCCUGAAGCACAUUUAACAAACACGAUAUAAGCUAGGUUUUCUUUUUAAAAACAUAAACAUAAAAUAUAACUAACUUUAAGUGCUUGCACAAAAUAACCUAAAAAUUAAUGAUUAUGCUUUAUUUUGGACAUAUUUUUCCAUAUAGAGUAAAUCACUGAUUGCGAAUCUGCAAGAAUUGUCCAUGUCACCAUAAUAUUAUCCAUAACUAAUUUAUUUUUAUAUUUAUUGCAAAACUAUUUAGUCAAAACUUCUCAGGCUCAAGUUUUCUAUUCUUCAGUCUCGUUUAUAUUCAUUUUUACUUUUGAUUUCCCGAUUCUUUUUUGGUCCAUUUGUAUAGGUAAACAAUUUUCUUUAUCUUUAGAUUUCCAGAAGACAACUAUGCAAGGUGUUAGUCAAAUUUUAAAGUCAGAUAAAGCUUCUACCAAAUGAGAAUUGUACAUUUGGCUUUUAAAUUGAUAGGGAAACGUGUGUAUAUGUUCUCUUAUGCUUUGCAUUAACUUCAAAUACAAUAAAUUUUUUUUUAGUAAAGAUUUCUUUAUUACAUAUAGUAAGCAUUGCGAACAAGAGUAUAAUUGGCUGUAUAAUAGACUAAAGUGUCCCAUUAAGGACAUAAUUUUGACAUCUCCAUUUGUGUAAUAUUAUAAUUUUAGACCUGUUAAGAUUUUAAUAUUGUGCUAAUUAAUUUAGAACUAUUGCUUAAAUAUGAAUAAGAAUUGUAUACAUAUCUAAGUAUGCGCAUAUUUUUUUCUUACAUUUUAGAUAUGCACGAGUUCCACAUUGCAAAGAUUAUAGAUUCUAUUACAGCUUAUUCAUAAAGUCUUAAUAUUAUCCAAGAAUUUCUUGACUAUUACUAUAAGAAUAGCGUAAAAAGUGUAAGAUAACAACACCAUCCUGAAAUUAUCAAUGUGGCUUUAGUCAUGAAAUUAAAGCCAAAAGAAUGACAAUUACGCAGGCAUCUGCUCACUUUGGAAGUCCUACCACAACACUCUAUGACAAACUGUGUGGGAGACAGCCAUGUGUUUUCUCUAAAAAUGUAUUGACCAAAAUUGAGGAGGAAAAACUUGCCCAAUUAACUGUCAGAAAAUGGGUUUGGAAAAAUGAACGAGGAGGUUUGUGAGCCUGCAAGAGCUAUAAUAGCUUCUAGGUACCCUAGUUUAUCAGACGAUGUUUCUCGACAAGGCAGUGGCUGCACAUGUAUUUUAAGAGGCAUCUAGAACGGACAAGAUCCCCCAUGUCUCUUGGAAAGGAUUGGGCCAUCAUUUCCUCUAAUGAAAUUCAAUUUUGGUUUCAAAAUUUUAUGGGCAGCAUUGAGAAAAUUGAUCCCAACAUAUUCAAUGACCAACAAAGAAUUUACAAUGUUGACGAAUCUGGGUUUGCUUUUGAUACAAAAGCCUGGAAAGUGAUUGCAUGUAAAGGCAUUAAGCAUGUGAAUAAUGUCACUGCAAAUAACAAAACACAAGUCAUUGUGUUUUCAUGUGCUAAUACAGUGGGGCAUUACACCCCUCCCCUCUUUUAAUCUACCCCUACAAAUGCAGCCCUAGAAUGAACCUACUCCAGGACUUCCCUGAUGCCAUCUGACAAGUCCCAAGUAAUGGCUGGAUCACAGCAGCCAUUUUUUUCAAACCCAUCCUUUUGUUAGUAGACAGUCACACUGCCAUACAUCCCUGCUGGAGACAAGCACUUUGUGCUCUGAAAACCCAAUCAUAUUGUACUGCAGGUCACUUAAUACAAUCAUUAGAUCAGGCUUUUUUUUUUGAGCCAUGAAAUCAACCUGGGCUGAAGCCAUUAAGGAACACAGUUGAGAAGACAUCAAAUAAGAAUCAUUUGCAACCUAAAGCCAGUUUGAAGAAAGCUGCUACACAGGAGAUAGCCGCCAGCAGCUUCAGGGCCGCGGGAAUUAAUCCACUGAAUCCAGAAAAGAUAAUAAAAUCAAGCAAACUUUUCCCAAGCUGAGUGUAUCUGUCACUUCUGGCAGCUGAAACAACCCAAACCACAUAUGGUGCUACACAAAAAAAAGCCCUAGUACACACCAGGAAGUCACAAUUCAUACACUUGAGAAAAUUAACACUUCAAACUUAACUUCUUUAUUUGAUCAGCCCUAUACACCCACCCCACUUGAAUCAUCCAUAUCAGUGGCUCUACCCGAGUCAUUCAUAUCCACAGCACUACCACAGUCACAUUUACCAUGCUCAAUUGAACCAUCUACAUUUGGCUCAAUAUCCCACUAUGCAUUGGAAAUUCCAACCCAUUUCAAUUUAAAUAUCCAACAGAUUAAAGCUUUAAAAGAACAUAUACAUUUCAUUUACGAUGUAACCACCAGAAAUGACCUUACAAUGUUUUUCUCCAGAAUCACCAAUUCCCAAACCCAGAUGAUGACAU